AUGGGCUCGAUCCUCACGUUCAUCCGCCCGGUUGAACUUGAGAUGAACAACCGGAAGAGGCGAUGGAAUUAUGCGCCGGAUGAGGACACCAAGAUCAAAGUGAGGAGGGCGCUCGAGUUGUGCUACGCCAGCUGUCGGUGCAUGAGCGUCUUUGAGGACGAUGCAUGGGCCUUCUCCGCGCGGAGCCUGUACGAGGUCAAAGAGCGCGUGAAGAACGAGUUUGGAGGCAAGUGGAAUCCCCAUCACCCGGCGUGGAUCGUUCGGGCCGGAUCGGAGGCCGAGGUCGAGAAAAUCAGGGAGUCCCUCCAGAUUGGAAUCGAUUCAAUCAUCGAAGAGUAUCGGGCGAAGAAGCGCGCAAAGGAUGCCAAGGUAAUCGACGCCAAGAGGAGCGAGGCUGCCAAGAAAGCACACGCUCGGAGGCGCGAGGCGCUCCUGCUCAAGAACGCUGAAGAGAUCGACGACGAGCUGGUUUGCUUGAUCCUGCGCUUCAUCCACCCGGUAGAAUUGAGGACUGCGGCAUGCGCGAGCCGCAGAAUCCUCGAGUGCGCCAAGACAACGAUCCGGAUGCGGGCAUUCAAACGGAUCGCAUCCCCCGAACGCGAUAACGCCGCGAUCGGAUUCCACGAUGGCUACGGCUACGAUCUCACCGAAAACGUCAGGAACUGGCGAUCGUUUCGAGCGCCGAUCUCAAUCUGGAUGAGGAAAGAGUGCCACGGCGCAAUCAGAUGCACCAUCAAAUACGAGGUGUCGGAAAUCAACGCCGACAUCACCAACGAUAACGGGCACUAUCGCGUGCGCUGGGUGAAGAAUGGGGGAGCGUGGGCCGCGAUCCAUUCCAACGGGCAUGUAUGCGAGAUCCUGCAGCCGGGAUCGCUGAUAAUACGAUCGGAUCCCUGUUUGACCACCAUGCGCCUUCCCGAUCAUCGACGGGUGGAGUGCCCGAUGAUCACAGAACGCGACGGAUCCGUCGCUGAGAUCGUAAGACUACAGGCAAUCGUAUUCAGGGCGUGUAUCGAAUCCGGUCUGUUGGUCCCUUUGUAA